AUGGCCGGCGCCGGACCCGGCAGCAUCUUCGAUCUUGCUCGCGACCCGCCGGCGAGGGGCCGGGACUCAGAGGCGCUGAGGCGGAUGUACGAUCUGCGCAUCAAAGAAGAAACGGCUCCCAUCGGUCGUACUGGGCUGCACAGCCUCGACAAACAGGUUGUUGUGUCUGUGACCAAUCGAUACACCUUUGAACAGACUUGGUUCAAUGCCGUUCGAGGGUCCAAACCUCAGACAUUCAGGCUUCCUGAGGAGCCAAGGGGCCCCGCAAAAGAGGGCGUUAAAGUGUGUGACUUCUGUGAAUGGGGCACAUACACAGCUGUGGACACCUUUGGCAGGAUCGAGAGGCAGCAUGCAGUGGCAGUCUCCAAUUUGUUUAAAUACUGCUCUCCCUGCCAUGGAGUGGUGCUCUUCAAGCACCAUGACCCGCUGGCCUUUAGCCAGGAGCAACUGGCUGACCUACUGGCAGCAUCAAGUGCAUGGUUGUGUGAGGCAGCAGAUGCACACCCUGAUGCUGUAUACCCCCUUCUGGUGUGGAAUUCUGGGCCGCGGGCUGGAGCCAGCCAGUUCCAUGGGCAUGCCCAAGUCAUGCUCAGCAAGGCCACCCUGCCAGCAUACAGCAAACUCCAGCAGGCCGCCCACAUGAGUGCCCUAUCGAAUGGUCGCAUAGAUGGACUGUCCAACAAGAGUGUCUCCUUUUUCUGUGACCUGCUGCAAGCUCACAGAGGCGCUGGCCUCCUGAGGGUAGUUGAGAAAGAUGAAGGCAGGUGUGCGCUGCAUGCUAGCCUGACUCCUGUCAAGGACAUGGAGGUCAUUCUGUGGGGCACAUCACUGGUGAGCCCAGCCUUUCAGGCGGGGCUGCAUGCCGUCUUGCGUGCUUUGAUCGAUGACAUGGGAGUGAGGACAUUCAAUGUGGCCAUCCUGGGAAUGCACCUGGGCCGCUGUACAGGUUCUGUUGAGGGACUGUCAUGGUGGGAAACAAACGUCGGCAAGGUGAUGGCCAGGUGA